AUAGCCGUGCCGUUGUCCAGAUAAUGUUGCUUUUACAGCGUCUGAUCUUCAUGAUUGAGCGCGGAGCGUCAAUUGAAAAGUAGACUUAUCGCCACGCGUGAGUAUAUACCGAUGCCAAGAGCAGCCAGUUGGAGCCAUAGAACGCUUGUAAUCACCCGCUUGUAAAUUUAUCUCAAGAAAACCCGUGGCGCGCGCUGGCUUCUUUCAUUACGUAUUCGACCGUAACGACCACAGCUAGGAAUGUCUCCUAAGGCAAAGCAGAAGACAGAGGAUCCAUCCAGAGCGAGCGCCCGAUCUGAUGAAUCCGCGACAAACCUGCACCAGCUCGACGCACAGUACGGUGUGUUGGGAAUAGUGUUGCUCCUGUUUUGUGGAACCGUCUCCAGCUAUCUGUGCACGCUACUCCCGGAUGCACUGACCAGUUCGGAUCUCAACAACCAUCCGACGGCUUUCAUUGCCGAGCGUGCCUGGGAAAGCCUGCAGGUGUUGAACGAUUUCGGUCCCAAACCGACCGGAUCCGUCGCAAAUGAGCUGCGGGCUGCAGAGUACCUUCGGCGCGAAAUUGAGAAGCUUAAGGCAACGAAGCAUGCGGUGCAGCAGAUCGAAACGGAUCAUCAAAUCGUUUCCGGCGCCUACUCGAUAGGGUUCCAAGGUCACCCACUGACAAGUGUCUAUCGGAGGGCACAGAACCUCGUCGCCAAGCUGGUCGGUGAAGGUGCGAAGCAUGGCGAUCCGGCACUAAUGUUGAACUGCCAUUACGACACAGUAGCCAGCAGUCCUGGUGCAAGCGAUGAUGGCGGAAGCUGUGUCGUGAUGCUGGAAAUCCUGCGGGUCUUGUCCCGCUCUCCGGAGCGCACCCGUCACUCGAUCAUCUUUCUGUUUAACGGAGCGGAAGAGACACCGCUGCAAGCCGCACACGGGUUCAUUAGCCAGCACCGGUGGGCCAAAGAGGUCCGCGCCUUUCUCAAUCUCGAAUCGGCCGGUUCCGGUGGUAAGGAGCAACUGUUUCAGAGUGGCCCCCAGCAUCCCUGGCUCGUAGCGGCCUAUGCUCGUGCUAUCCGUCAUCCGGCAGGACAAGUCUUCUCAGAAGAGCUCUUCCACUCCGGUCUCAUCCCAUCGGAUACGGACUUUCGUAUUUUUAGAGACUUUGGCCACGUCCCAGGAAUGGACUUUGCACACAGCAUCAACGGGUACCGGUACCAUACGCGAUUCGACAACAUUGACUUCCUUACGCUCCCGGUACUGCAACGCACGGGUGACAACAUUCUCGCUCUAACGCGGGAAAUAGCGAACGGUGAUGACCUGGCCAUGGUGGAUGAUGAUUCCCGGUUGGCCGAUGGACAUAGCGUGUACUUUGACUUCCUGGGCUUCUACUUUUUCCACUACUCCUCCUCGACAGGCCAGCUGUUGAACUAUGCUUUAGCGCUGCUCGCAUUGGUGCUACCGUACGCCGAGCUAUUGCAACCGGUGCGUAGGGUUGGUGGUUUCGGGCAUAUAAACCGUCAGGUGAUGGCUGGGUUUUUGGGAACGAUCGUUGGGACAAUGCUUAGUGUCGCGGUGGUGCUGAUUAUCGCCAACCGACUGGAUGCUAUUGGGCGAGCUAUGGCUUGGUACUCCACGCCUUAUCUCAUACUGGGAGUAUAUGGAUGCCCGGUCAUGUUGAUACAUUGCUUUAGCCAACGGAUAUGCAAUCAUCUGCUACAACAUAAAGAGACAUCACUCAACCUGGCUCAAAUCGUGCGAUCGCGGCUACUGGGAGUCAACCUCUUCUGGGCUGUAGCGAUCGUUUACCUUACGAUAGCCAACAUCAGGAGCGCCUACAUACCGGCGGUUAUUCUGCUCUGCUCGGUGCUCUCCUCUCUUACUAUCUCGCUAUUUAGCUUUCAGCGUCGUCCACAUCGCUGGCUUGGAGUGCAUCUAGCAUUUCAGGCCGUGGCUAUGCUAUGGUCAACUAAUUUCUAUCAUUUGAUCAUGAAACUUUUCGUCCCCAUCACCGGCCGAAUCGGUGGCACGGUCAAUCCGGAGUACUUGAUCGGACUGCUAGUAGCGAUCGGUGGGUUGCUAUGCAUAAGUUAUCUCGUUCCCUUGAUUGGUUUGCUGAAGCAAUCGUCGGAACUGACGGCCCGAUUGACAGUCUUUGCUAUGAUCGGAUUUCUCCUCGCAUGCUGCACGCAGGUUGGCUUCCCCUAUCGGGACGAUAGCAACGGAGAACCGUCCGUUCAGCGUCACUAUGUUACGCACACUCUUCAAGUUACGAAUGGAAGCAUAGAUUCUGGCUAUCUGUUGCGUGAAAUGGAUCGUAAUGCGGUACGAGUUCUUCGAGGUAUAGCGAAGCCGCACGAGAUAACUCCCAUGCGACAGUUGGCCACCUGUAAAACUAUGCCCUUCUGUGGAAUACCGUUCUACUCCGUGUGGCACCAGAUUCGGUUCGAUCAUUAUUGGCUCGAAGGACCUCCACCUUCGGUAGAACUGGACCACUUGCCAACAUUGGUGCUCGAAAAAGUAUCUCAGGUUUCCGUCGCUACUCGUCGAUAUGCCUUCCAUAUUGGCCACCAUCAUCAAACGAGUGUCCAAUCAGCACUGGUUAUCGUUCCGCGUCCUGGAGUACGUAUGAUUAAAUGGAGCCUCAUGGACACUGUUCCCGAGAUGAUGGAGUUCAAUGGGCAACGGGCAUACUUUGUCCUUAUCACCUAUGGACUGGCGCAGGAUUCGCUGUGGAAUAUAACGUUCGAUUUUGAGUAUGAUCCAGAGGCUGUGCGUCGUGCUGAAGAACCGCUAGUAGCUAUCAGCUGGAUAAACACGUUUUGGGAGUGCAAGGAACAGCAUACGACCGAUUUCCGGGGCCUUAUCGAAAAGUUUCCGGAGUGGGCACACGUAAUACCUUCUGUAGCUGUUGUGAAUAUUACUGAAUAUUAAACGGUUUUUGAACGAAAAUUUAAGGCGGGAUACCUGGUGUUUUUCGCAUUCCGAACACCAUUAAAACGGAAUAUCGAUGAGGAAGGAUUGGAUUCCUUAAAAACCAGCAAAUUCCGAGAAUGUUGUAAGUUUCUGUAAAACA